CAAGCUCACAGCGUUCUGUCUUACCAGAACACGCUUCUCUUUCGAGCCACACUCCUAAGAAGACUCCAAGGAUAGCUCCAAUGGAGGUGAAGUGCUUGCUGCUCCUGGCUCUCUUCCUUCUGCUAGGAACACAUGGUGGUGAAGCGCAGCCGCUCGUGCCGGCCGUCAUGACGUUCGGUGACUCAUCGGUGGACGUAGGUAACAAUGACUACCUCAAAACCAUCAUCAAGGCAAACUUCCCUCCCUACGGAAGGGACUUCAAGAACCAGGUACCCACGGGGAGGUUCUGCAACGGCAAGCUGGCUACUGAUAUCACUGCCGAGACGUUGGGGUUUGAAAGCUACGCACCUGCGUAUCUCAGCCCAGAUGCGUCAGGGAAGAACCUUCUGAUUGGAGCCAACUUUGCAUCUGCAGGAUCUGGCUACUAUGACCACACUGCACUUCUGUAUCAUGCUAUUCCUUUGUCCCAACAAUUGGAGUACUUCAAGGAGUACCAAUCUAAGCUGGCAGCCGUGGCCGGAAGCAGCCAGGCCCAGUCAAUCAUCAACGGCUCAUUGUACAUCAUCAGCGCCGGUGCCAGCGAUUUCGUCCAGAAUUACUACAUCAAUCCUUUCCUCUACAAGACCCAGACCGCCGACCAGUUCUCCGACCGCCUCGUCGGCAUCUUCAAAAACACCGUGGCACAACUGUACAGCAUGGGAGCACGGCGCAUCGGCGUGACGUCGCUGCCGCCGUUGGGCUGCCUACCGGCGGCGAUCACGCUGUUCGGCUACGGCAGCAGCGGGUGCGUCUCGAGGCUCAACAGCGACGCCCAGAACUUCAACGGCAAGAUGAACGUCACCGUCGACUCGCUUUCGAAGACCUACUCCGACCUCAAGAUCGCCGUGUUCGACAUCUACACGCCCCUCUACGACCUCGUCACCUCUCCUCAAUCCCAAGGAUUCACGGAGGCGAGGAGGGGAUGCUGCGGGACAGGGACGGUGGAGACGACGGUGCUUCUGUGCAACCCCAAGUCGAUCGGCACCUGCCCGAACGCGACGACGUACGUGUUCUGGGACGCCGUCCACCCGUCGGAGGCGGCGAACCAGGUGCUCGCCGACUCCCUCCUCGCCGAGGGCAUCAACCUGGUCACAUAAAUUCCGGUGGCUUUCAGCCAGCAGAGGGCUGCAUUGUAGAUCGAUGACAAGAACAACACAGGCUUCAAACUCGACCUGUUUGAUUAUAAAUGAGAAUAAUGAUAAUAAUGUUUGCUCGGUGGUUUGGCAGCGACAGCUCUAAAAUGUGUCGAUGUGGAGUUGAGGGUGUUUCGGGCUGUCGCUGUGUUGCAUGCCAUCAGCCCAGCAAUAUAGGACGAUGUUUUACAGUUUUAAAUUUUAUACACAGCUCGAUAAACUGGGAGUAGGUCUUGAAGGUUUCUGUACUUAUCAUUUUUUUUUGUUUGAAAGUUUUAUUGUCUCGUCGUAUUAAUAUACUCAGAUGAUUUCAACACUUCUUUUUA